AUGGAGCUUCCAAAAAAUCUCUUGACCAAAAAACACAGGGGCGUUUGGGGUCUCCGGAUAUCCUUUGCAUCACCAAUCGACGCAUUUUCUCCUCAGUUCUCUUCUCUUUCCUCGCGGCCGACAAACAAUCAAAAAGUCAACCAAUCGCUCACAACCCCUUUCUCUCUCGUCCCAACGCCCGUCUCUUCUGCUGCGUUGCGCUGCGCUUUUUCUGUCAGUACACGAAAACGGGAGUUUGUUAUGUCGUCUCUCUGCAUGGGGGUGGACAGCUGGAAAUGGCUUUUCACAUGA